AUGGCAAAUCAGCUUAUUAGACCAGAUCCGUGGAACCAAUAUACCCGUGUUCGGUGGUUCGCAAGUUGCAUUCGAGUGCUAAAGAUGACUGGAUACGUGUGCACAUUUCUCAUCUUGUUGGCGACUAUAACAGGAACAGAACUUAAUGAGAAGCACAGUGACGGGCUAACCUUUCAGGUCAUUCGCAAUCCAGGUUGUAACAACGAUACGAGUUGCCCAAAAAAUGAAACAAAGCUGAUCCAGAUUAUCGCAAGGCACCCAAACACAACUUUUCACUUUCUUCUUCCCGGAUCCCAUCCCGACGCACCUCUUUCCAUUGUCAUGCUGGAAACCAAUACAAAACCAAGCAAACUUCAAGUGAACUGGACGCAAUUUCUCACCAGAAAUGGAAGUAUUUCAAAUUCCAUCUCCCUUAAUGGUACACAUACGUCCUAUGGGGUGAUUCUCUACGAGGACCGAUUUUCCUUUAUUUCAUCCAUCGGUGUGCAGUUUUGCACAUACUCCGACCUAAACGAUGAUGCGCGCUUGACCCCAACUGAUGUCCAGUCCCAGUGCCAUCACUUGCUUGGAAAGAAUCUGCUCUGGACCCUAACAGACAAUGCCGUAGGCAAAAAUCCUCCCAACUUUGUCUACACGGCCACAAAUUCGACUGAUUCCUUAGAUGGCCUAGGGAAGAUAGUCGUCAAUAUAUCCUUUCCAAGGGAAAAGUCAGAGUUUGCACAGAGGGACGUCUUGUCACUAGAACCAGGUAGCGGGAUGCUUUUUGACAUCACGAUUGACUCUGUCCAUGUACCGAAGCAGGGGAGGGUAGCAAUGAUCCUGCUGCCUUUCUCUCAAGACCCUUUACAGAUGGAAGAAGACUUCGUGGAGUCGCUGAGCCUAUCUGAGAAUAGAAGAGAAACUUUGUUCAACCUCCACCUUGGUCAGCGUCAACUCCUUCAAGAAUACGGGAAGCCUGACAUGCAAGUGAUGGCACCCAGAGUGUCCGGCCACACGCCAGCCUUCAUGCAGUGGACGACGACCUGCGAGGUUUCCAUGGCUGGUGUGGCUAAGAGAAGCGCGAUUGCCGGCCCCCGGAUGCAGAUUCCCUCAAAAAUGCAAAGCAAGUAUAGGUACUCCCUGCCCCUUGCAGUCUAUGGUGAUGCCUUCAGCCAGAAGCACAAUCCGGACCAAGUCAACAGGAGUGUGGGUGUGAGAUUGCAAGCUGUCUCAUUUGGCAGUCCACACGAUGGGUUCUAUGUGGCGACAAAUUUUGUUCGAUGGCGAGGUAUUCUGAGUAUGGGGGAGCCUAAGGAACCAUCUGACGAAAAAUUUGGGAGCCUCCUUGCUGUUGGAAUCGCCUUGUCCCUGAUGCUGCUAGCGAUGAUCUCAGUCACAGCAGGAAUUUUAAUGCACCGACGUUACAAGGCGACUGGAAGGGAAGGAGAAAACGAACCGCUUCUGCCGCCGGACGGCAAUAACAUAACUCGGUCCGUUAUUCCUCUUCCCCACUUCAGUGGUCGUCUCUGCCUCUUCCGCCGAAUUCCCUCACCUCAAAUGUCCCGCCGUGAUGAAGAGCCGGACAUUAACAUUUAA